AUCGGCGAACCCAUUCAGUCGCUUAUUGGACGCCUAGUAGCACCACCCGCUCCAGAAAUGGGAGAGGUUCCGAAAAUCACGGACUUGGCGCAGGUGAUCGAGCCCCACUUGCCGGAGGGCGCUUCCCUGGACUCCUAUGACAGUCGAUACCUGACCAAGCCCGGAGACAACUAUGGCAGCAUUAUGUUGGCCGUGCAGGCCAAGAUCCGAAGUUCGGACGGCGGUGUUCGAGAGUUGCCGCUAAUAGCCAAGCUGCCGCCCCUCACCAACGAUCUUUACUGGCAAAUUUUCCAGCCUGAGCGUACCUGCAUCACGGAGAACGCGGUGUACCAGUACCUGUCGCCCGAGCUGGACAAGUUGCAGUUGCAGUCGGGUAUCCUGCCAGCCCACCUUUUCGACGGCUUUCCGCGGUACUACGGCUCCCGCAUUUCGCUCGACCCUCGCGCCUCAAAUGUGGAUCGGAAUGCCGUCCUGCUCCAGGAGAACGUCACUGUGCGCGGCUUCCGGCCGGGAAACAGACACAGGCCGUACAAUCUGUCGGAAACGGUGCUCAUCCUGAACUCUUUGGCAAAGUACCACGCCCUGCCCAUCGCUCUGCGUCUGAAGAAGCCGCAGAUUUACGAGGAAUAUGUGCGACCGUACUUCAAGAAGUUCGACAUGAAUAGCAACAUUGAUCCUGCCGAGAAGGAACUGAUGAACAGUGAGAUUCUGAAGGACAUCAUGUCGGUGACCAGCGACGAGCGGGACGUCAUCCGUGUCAAGGAGCUGCUGGACAUUUUCGACGCCUUUCAAGCGAGCAAGGAUGCUGAGGACGGGCCGUUCACUACCCUUGUGCACGGAGAUCUAUGGAUAAACAAUAUGAUGUUAAAAUAUGACGAGGAGGGCACUCCAAUCAAGGUGAAAAUAGUUGACUUUCAAAUCGCUCAAUACGGAUCGCUGGUGCACGAUAUCAUAUUUCUGCUAUUCUCAAGUGUGGACGUAAACGUUUUGGAGGAGAACUAUAAGAAUUUCCUGACCAUUUACUACAACGCCUUUAUCCAGACCUUGCGCACCGUUAAUGUGGAUUGCAGCAAUUACUCCCUCGAUCUAUUCUUCGAUGAGGUUCAACAAACCGCACACAUCCAGCUGCCUCAUGCCAUCUUUAUGAUGAAGGUAAUCCUGGCUGAUAUCACCACAAUGCCUGAAAACUUUAAGGAUGUCGACUUUUCGGUGUUGUCCAAGAAUACUGGAAUAAAAACGAUUGUGACGAAAUUCGAGGCUAUUUUGCGACUGGGAAAGAAGUUUAAUAUUUUUCACUAAGCUCAUUUAGCAAGUCACGAAAUAAAAUGUAAUCUAUAACACG